AUGCCUAGUCUGAUUUCAAGCCAGGAGUCUUUUGACGAGAAACUGCCGUCUUCUUUGAGCAGAAGCAGUGCCACGAAAGCGGAAUUACAAACUGGCAAGCUUAGGCACCUACCGCUCUUUGAAACGUGUGACCAAGACGAAUUGUUGUUGAAAUCGAUCAACAAACAAAUCAACCGCUCGCGCAGAAUACUUAUCUUAACGGGCGCCGGAAUUUCGUGUAAUGCCGGUAUUCCAGACUUCAGAUCUUCUAGCGGUCUUUACGAGCUGGUGAAGCGCCAGCAUCCGGAAGCUAGUAUCAGAUCCGGCCAGGAAAUGUUCGACAUCUCUUUAUUUCGCGAGGAGGCUAAAAUUCCGGUAUUUGCGACCUUCAUGGAGAAACUGUACAGCAGUGCUAGAUUGGCACAGCCUACAAGGACACACCGCUUUAUUGCUCAUUUAAAGAACCGUGGCAAACUCCUACGUUGUUAUACACAAAAUAUUGACGGCUUAGAAGAGAGUUUAGGGCUAGAGGUCUCCUCAGAACGAGACAGCAAUUCGACCAUGGCAAACCAGUGGAAAAAUUUGGACGUGGUUCAGCUUCACGGCGACCUUAACAAACUGAGCUGCACUCAGUGUUUUGAAACAUAUAAUUGGAACAGGGGAUUAUCUAGAUCUCUGCGAAGUGGGCAGCUACCCAGUUGUCCCCGCUGCCAGCACUCUAACCGUGAAAGGAGCCUUUUAGGAAAAAGGAACACAGGUUCCAUAGGACUUCUGAGGCCUAACAUCGUGCUUUAUGGUGAGAACCAUCCUAGUUGUGAAUUCAUCACCCAGGGGCUCAAUAUAGAUAUGGCUCGUGGAAGGCCCGACCUAUUCUUCAUAAUGGGCACUAGCUUAAAAGUGGACGGUGUCAAAAAGCUCGUAAGAAACAUCAGCAAACAGGUCCACGAACGAAACGGGCUCGUCAUAUUAAUUAAUAAGACCAAAAUCGGAGACUGUAAUUGGCAUGGCAUCAUUGACUAUCAAAUACUUUCCGAUUGUGAUACGUGGGUUGAUUAUUUGCAAGACAGCAUCCCCGACUUAUUCAAGACUCAACAACAGAUAGAAAAGGCUAAACAGCUGAAAAGGGAAAACAGCGAGCUCCGCAAACGUCAGCGCGAGGAGAGAAAGCUAACACCACCUUCCACACCCCGCAAAAAGAAGCAGUCAAACUCAGUAAAGAUCGAGUCUCUUCCAAGCCCCGAAGAUACUGAGUCUGAUGCUUCAGCAACUAGAGAUCAUAAAGCAGAGACAAGCAACAUCAUACUCAAACUCGCUUUCGAAGAGGCCCGAACGCAACCUUGCAGCAUUUUAGAUGCCCAAUCGCUCCCAUCAUUGCAUAGAGAAGAUUCGCUAUCGAACGCGACAGAUACAACAAUCGAGGAUGAUUUAACCGAGGUAGACGAAGAGCUACCCAGCUCUCGUUUGCCUGCAAACCCUAAACAACCAACAGUUGUAGCUAGAUAA